AGCCGCGCGCUCCCGACCACGUACACGCAGCGCGGGCGCGCGCGGCGAAGGCGUGGAGUUUGGGAUUUUGAGCCUGGGAGGGGUUGCGAACGGAAAGACACGAACAGGAAAGGGCCGCACAUUCGCGCACACACGUCACAGAGAAGGGGAAACGGCAAAGAAACGACACUGGGCGAUGUUGAAUUUCCACCGUUAUUCAUUCACCCUUGUUCCCGUGCGUAUCUCCGAGCCCGUCGCAUUCCUCUCCGGGGCCGUCGUCCGAGCUCGGAGCUGUCACCCAGACGCUCCUGUUCCCCUUCGAAGCGAAGCAUCAACUGCCGCUGAAUACACACUGGGAGCUCCUCAGGAGAGGACCGGAGAAGCGGUGCCAUUGUCCCCCUCGCCGGGCUGCGCGUGUGCCCGCACGCCGAGGCUUCACACUCGGCGUUGCGAGGUUGCGUUAGCCAGAGUUGGACUUUUAUUCCACUAACUGAUCGGUGUACUGAUGGAAGCCUUUCCCCGAUAGUUCCUCCUCUCCUCCUCUAACCCAUCGGGUUAGGGGAACUCGCCGGAUUUGCCACUCGGGCGCUGUCCUCUCUGAGGGGGGGCGCCGGCCGGCCGGAUCACCAGCUCCCCGCCCGCCCCUCCUCGCAGCUCACCUGUCUGCGGCUGUGGCAACGAGACCCCAGCCGCCGCCGAGCCGCCCGAACAUGGCAGGGAACCUUAAGAAAGGCGGGGGGCUCAUCGGAAUGAUGAAGGAUGCCUUCCAGCCGCACCACCACCACCUCCAUUCGCACCACCAGCCCGGGGCCGUGGACAAAAAGACCGUGGAGAAGUGCUGGAAACUGAUGGAUAAGGUGGUGCGUUUGUGCCAAAACCCCAAAUUGGCCCUGAAGAACAGCCCCCCUUAUAUCCUGGACCUGUUGCCAGACACGUACCAGCACCUGCGCACAAUUUUGUCUCGCUACGAGGGCAAAAUGGAAACCCUGGGGGACAACGAGUACUUCCGAGUCUUCAUGGAGAACCUCACCAAGAAGACCAAACAGACGAUCAGCUUGUUCAAGGAGGGCAAGGAGCGCAUGUAUGAAGAGAACUCGCAACCCAGGAGGAACCUCACCAAGCUCUCACUGAUCUUUAGCCACAUGCUGGCAGAGCUGAAGGCCAUCUUUCCCAGUGGACUGUUUCAGGGCGACAAUUUCCGCAUCACCAAGGCUGAUGCUGCAGAGUUCUGGAAGCGUGCCUUCGGGGACAAGACCAUUGUGCCCUGGAAGGUGUUCCGUCAGUCUCUCCAUGAAUUCCAUCCCAUCAGUUCCGGCCUGGAGGCCAUGGCCCUCAAGUCCACCAUCGACCUCACAUGCAAUGACUAUAUCUCCGUUUUCGAAUUUGACAUCUUCACCAGGCUUUUCCAGCCUUGGUCAUCCCUUUUACGAAACUGGAACAGCUUGGCAGUCACUCACCCAGGUUACAUGGCCUUCCUCACUUAUGACGAGGUCAAAGCACGACUGCAGAAAUUCAUUCAUAAACCUGGAAGUUACAUCUUCCGACUGAGCUGCACCCGGCUGGGCCAGUGGGCCAUCGGCUACGUGACGGCUGAUGGAAACAUUCUCCAGACCAUUCCUCAUAAUAAACCUCUCUUUCAGGCCCUCAUAGAUGGCUUCAGGGAAGGAUUCUAUUUAUUCCCUGACGGCCGGCCCCAAAAUCCAGACUUGACAGGACUGUGUGAGCCUUCGCCUCAAGACCAUAUUAAAGUCACACAGGAGCAAUAUGAGCUCUACUGUGAGAUGGGCUCUACCUUCCAGUUGUGUAAAAUCUGUGCAGAGAAUGACAAGGACGUGAAGAUUGAGCCCUGUGGUCAUCUCAUGUGCACCUCCUGUCUCACUGCCUGGCAGGAGUCCGAGGGUCAAGGCACUGGCUGCCCAUUCUGUCGCUGCGAGAUUAAAGGUACCGAGCAUAUCGUUGUGGAUCCAUUUGAUCCCAAGGACAACAGCGGGGGCUCCUGUCGGGCCCUUUUUGGGGCAGAGGGCGCACCGUCGCCUAGCUAUGAUGAUGAUGAUGACGACAAACUUGAAGAUCCCCACCUAAUGAUGAGCAAACUUGCUUGUACUAAGGUGGAACGGCCCCCAUCACCCAUGUCCAUGACUCCUCAGUCUUCCCUUCCACCCGUGCCACCCAGACUCGACCUGCUUCCACACAGACCCGCUAACCCACCUGGUGCCUCCAGUCCUGGAGUAACUACUAAGGCAGCAUCUCAUCACAAAGACAAGCCGCUUCCUCUUCCGCCAGCACUGAGGGAUCUCCCCCCUCCACCACCUCCAGACCGCCCCCACGCGGCCGCACCUUGCUCGGAGGGGCGCAUGCAGAGACGGCCCCUACCCUGCACACCAAGCGAGGCCCCCAGAGAUAAACUGCCCCCAGCACCCCCAAACCGGCCGCCUACUGACUGGAAUGCUCGUCCUGUUCCUAAAGCCCCGACGUCCUCAUCUUCAGCCUCCUCUUCUUCCUCAACUAUUCAAGUCUCCGGUGUGGGUGUAGACAUUCGUACAGGUGUCAGGGAGCUCUCCAACCGACACUCCCUCCCUUUGGCGUUGCCCUCUGCUCUGGACACACGCACAGAACCGCAGAAGAACAAUAACUCUCUCAGUUUGGACCACCAGCUGAACUUCGUCUCAGUGGUUGGACAAGAUUAUGACAACCCCAAAGUCAAACCGUCAUCGUCUGCCAAUGCCAUCUAUGCACUGGCAAGCAGACCUUCCUCAGCUAUGAGGUCAGUGACAGGGGAGGAGGCCCAUAACAGUGAGGAGGAAUCAGAAUACAUGAUCCCCUCCUCUCGCCCUGUUCUACCCCCCAUCACGGGCCCACCUUUGGGCGAAAGCCCUUCGGUUUCGAGGGCCCCUCAGUCUCAGCUACAUUUUUCCCUUCACACACAGGCUCAAGCCAUCGCCUUCAACAUGCGAACGACACUGGCAGAACUGGAUGAUGUCCCUCCGAUGUAUGAGGCCAUGUACAACAUCCAAGCCACGUCGCAGCAAGCCAGAGAUUCAGAUUAUUCAGAGCUACCCCCUCUACCUAUGACCAACGGACCCAGAGAGAACACGGCGGAGGACAGGGAAGAUGAGAACACCGGCUACGACUUCCCCAUACCACAACUGCCGAUGCCCCCAACUCGACGGACCUUUUCAGAACUGGGAGGGUCCUCCUCAUCCACUUCAUCCUCUUCAUCAAGCUCGUCCUCUGUGGCAGCAUGCAUCUUGGAGCCCAUGGAAGCCCCGGAGAGGCCUCCCAAGCCCCUCCCCAGACGCAUCAACUCAGAGCGUCGACCCAGCCCAGUCCCGCCGGUCCCCAGCCCUGCCGGUUGCGGGGCGACAGGAGGAGACAUAAACCCUCAGAUAAGCAGCGAGAUAGAGCACCUCAUUAGUCAGGGAUACUCGCACCAGGACAUCCAGAAAGCACUGAUGAUUGCACAGAACAAUAUCGAGAUGGCCAAGAACAUCCUGCGAGAGUUCGUCUCCAUUCCCCCCAGCGCGCACAUUCUCACAUAGCACACCUUGGCAUCUCACCCUAGCAUGGCUCGAUUCUUUCAUAAAGGUCGGAACGGCGGGUUGCCCGCAACGUGACACUCUCCGGUGCUUGUCGACGCCCCUGUCCCGCAUCGUGGAAUUUUGAACUGUCUGGCGCUUGCAGCAGCUAUCGGGAGUCUUCUCCAAAGUGCGAGAAGAGCAUCUCGUCAGGCCCGAAUUUGCAACGACAAAAACAGGACUAAUUUCGAAAGCCUCUCGCUAAAAAUGUAACCAAGACCUCACAAAUAAAAUGUAUGUCUAUAUGAAAGUUUAAUAUAUGGAUAAAUGUAUAUUAAAUGUGUGUAAUAUAUACAAGUCAGUACGUUAAACGAUGUUGGCUUCGAGGGUUGCUGUUGGUACAAGUGCCAUGCGUAUUCCUGUCGUCAAAAUUGAGAUGAGAGGAUGACACAUUGGCACCGCCGUGUGUGUGUGUG